ACCCGUCUCCUGUGACUCCUCAGCUCAGUCCCACAAUCCUCAGCACUGGGACUUAUCAGCUGUGACUAAGCACCAAGUAGCACCCAACUCAUUAACCCCCCAGGCCCCUGAACUUAUUCAACAACUCCCCGCAGUGUCUGACGGACCCGGGAGUUUACACGUUGGUCCCACAAGGUUCUACUGAGGCUGAAAACGAUGUGACCAGAACCCCCCAGAGGGGCUGCAAUUAGUUACUAAAGGAUGUGCUUCUGCCCCAAUCUUCUCCUGCUGGGCCUCAUGCUCUUGGGCACUUCUGAUGGAGAGAUUUGCCCGGCUCCAUGUCAGUGUUCCAACAAGCUCAUUAUAGACUGCAGUCGCAGGGAGUUGCACAAGGUUCCGCUACUCCCGGGGGCCACUGAGGAACUGGACCUGCAGCAGAACCAACUGACCUCAAUCCCCCCGGGGGCGUUUGAUCAUCUCGUUGCCCUGAGGAAACUGAAUUUAUCCCACAACCCCCUGCACUGCGACUGUCAGCUCCGCUACCUGCACUUGUGGUUGGACAGUGAGGGGCUCAACUCUGGCGCCGUCUGCCUGACACCCCCCAACCUGAAUGGGAAACCCCUGGCCCUUGUGGCCCCCACACUAUUGACUUCCUGCUCUGGGACAUUGAACCUCUGCUCCCACUUCCUGGUCACAAACACUUUCCUCUUCCUCUUCCUCUUCCUCCUCCUCUUCCUCAUGGUCUGGAGUCUGAGAACUUUCCAGGGGAUGAAAUUCAGGAUCAAAGUCAAUGAGAACGAGAUGAAGGUGCGAAAGAAUUGGACCCCAGUCAUGGGCUCCCUGAAAAGGCGAUUUCAUUUCUCUGUGAAUUCCUGUUAAUUUCCCUUUCCCUGAAUAAAGUCCCGGGUUAUGAAAA